AUGACGUCGUACUUGAUCUUCUUGGCUUUCAUCAUCAGAUCUUCGAUGGCCGCUUCCGAUGCAAGCGAUUUCAACCGCGCCGUCGAGUCUAUUUGUCGCAAGCAUGUGCAAAUGGAGAUGAGGACUAAACAAAUGAUUGCUAAUAGCUUUAUGAUACUACAAACAAGAAUUGCUGAUAUGAGGAAACGGCGUCGAAAUUUCAGUAAGGAAGCAACCGAUAUUCUGCAGGAAUAUUAUGAGAGGCAUUCGACACAUCCAUACCCAACAGAGGAUGAAAAAGCAGUGCUCGCAGAAAAGUGUCAUAUUACCGUGCAACAGGUGUCCAACUGGUUUGGAAACCGCAGAAUACGGAUGAAAAAGUCGCAACGUUCGCAGGAUUUUUGCAAGACCGGUUAUGAGUUUGCAUUGAAAACACCGAAGCUGGGAAAUUUGAGCUCGAUGCGCUUUCCGUCACGACUCAAAACCGAAGAAUCGUAG